GUGUAUUUUGGUUGUAAAAUGUAAUUAAUAUCGGCUUGUAUUUUGAAUACAGUAGCCUGUAGUUAUUGAGUUUACACAAAAUAAGAGUAUUUUUUGGAGUGAUAUUUAAAAAAUGCAAUUAUUUAUGUGUUUUUUACAAGUAAUGUGUUUACUAUGAAUAAUAAUGUUUUACCUGUGGUUUAAAAUCGUCGUAAAAGCGAAAUCUGGGAAUGUCCCGAAUAAGAUAUUUUGAAUCAUGGUUAUCUUAGUAUCAUUUUAUUGAAUUCGUUUGAGCCCUCCACAUGCAGUGCCCGAAAAAUUAAUUCGACCUUCAUAUUUGAGUGCGACCGAGCCAACUCCCAUGUUAUUGGAAUCUUUCCGAAGACGUUAAAAAUUAAAUAUGAAUACAGUAAUUCUUACAAAUAAUGUUAAAAUCGGUGGUAACAGCCCGUGUUUUAUUAUCGCUGAAAUUGGACAAAAUCAUCAAGGUGAUAUCGAGAUUGCAAAAAAACUGAUAAAAGCGGCUAAGGAAGCCGGCGCCGAUUGCGUUAAAUUCCAAAAGAGUAAUCUCGAAGAAAAGUUUACAAAACAACGCUUAGAACAACCGUAUAAUAACACCAAUUCAUGGGGUUCGACAUACGGCGACCACAAACGACAUUUAGAAUUUACCAAAGAACAAUAUCGAAUUCUGUUAAAAUAUUCACAAGAUCUUAAUAUUUUGUUUACAGCUUCUGCGAUGGAUAUGGAAUCGUUUAACUUUUUACUCAGUCUGAAAGUACCAUUCAUCAAGAUAGGGUCUGGGGACUCCAACAAUCUACUUUUCAUAAAAUAUGCUGCCUCCAAGAAGGUUCCACUGAUAGUUUCUACAGGAAUGAUAGAUAAGGCAACUGUGACAACCAUCUACAAUAUGAUAUCAAGUCAUCAUAAACAGUUCUGUUUACUACAUUGCGUGUCGGCAUAUCCUACGCCAUACGAAGACUGCAAUCUGAGAGUUCUACAGGAUUACGCUAACAGUUUUAAUAUUCCCGUGGGUUACUCUGGUCAUGAGUUGGGAAUAAAGGUCGUUAUAGCAGCUGUCGCUUUAGGAGCUAAGGUAAUAGAGAAGCAUAUAACUUUAGACAGAAGUAUGAAGGGCACGGAUCAUCAAUGCUCGCUUGUACCAUCAGAAUUGCAGCAAUUAGUGCGAUCAGUGCGUUCUUUGGAAUUGGCACUUCGAACUCCUGUGAAAAUGAUGCAUUUUGUCGGUAUGAAUUACAAAGUAUCAAGUAUUAAAACUUGCACGACUCCUUUUGCCGCGCCCUGAUAAGGACGAAACGUUCAGUUGCAUUUAAAUAACAUAAAUUGGCUCUAAUUAAUUUACUUGUAUAUUUAGUUGUCCUAAAAUUGAUGGUAUUAGAACGAAAAAAAAAGCUAAUUUUAGUCCCGUUCCCUUUGUACCCUUUUCU